AUGGCGGCGUCGCUCUCCAAAACCCUCGGCCUCCGGCUGCGCGGCAGCGGCGGCCACCGCCUCUUCCCCUCCCGGCCCUCCACUUCCCACGCGCCCCAGCCACCACUUCCGCCCGCCGCCGCCCCGCCGCCCCCAGAUUUGUUUCCUCGCGCAGGAGCAGGGAAGGAGGCGGGCGCGUGGUCGAAGCUCUUCCUCUUCGCCCCCGGCGCCAUCACCUUCGGCCUCGGCACAUGGCAGCUCUUCCGGCGGCAGGAGAAGGUAGAGAUGCUGGAGUACAGGACGCGGAGGCUGGAGAUGGAGCCCGUGGCGUGGAACGAGACCGUCUCCUCUGCUGUCUCGCGUGAUCCGGCUGUGCUGGAGUUCCGGAAGAUCGUGUGUGAGGGCGAUUUCGACACGGAGAAGUCGGUCUUCGUCGGGCCUCGCUCCCGGAGCAUCUCCGGUGUGACCGAAAAUGGGUAUUAUGUGAUCACUCCGUUGAUACCUCGGUCGACUGAGCCUGGCAGUUUGCAGUCACCCAUCCUUGUGAAUAGAGGGUGGAUUCCUCGUGCUUGGCGUGAUAAAAACAUGCAGGAUCACCAGGACCUUGGUGAAACUUUAGAUGUGAACGAAGCUGAUAAAAAGACAGAUGAAAGAGGUACUUGGUGGAAAUUUUGGUCUAAGAAGCCUGAAUCUUCUCCAGAGAUUGAAAAACCUGUAAAGCCUCCUGUAAGAGUUAUUGGAGUAAUCCGAGGAAGUGAGAAGCCCAGCAUAUUUGUUCCACCUAAUGAACCCAGUAAUGGCCAGUGGUUUUACGUGGAUGUUCCCAUGAUUGCACGUGCAUGUGGCCUCCCUGAGAACACUGUCUAUAUAGAAGAUAUGAAUGAAGACAUCUCUGCAAGUAAUCCUUAUCCUCUUCCAAAAGAUGCCAAUGCUUUGAUUCAUCACUCAGUGAUGCCAGAUGACCAUCUGAAAUACACCUUUACAUGGUACACUCUUUCUGCUGCUGUGACUUACAUGGCCGCAAAGCGGAUAAAGGCAAAGAAGGUGAGGCUAUAG